AUGCUGCCGUCCACGCAGCUGGUUUCUCUCAAGUGCAAAGCGCUAUGCGCAACAGUGAAGCAAAUAUUGACCAAUGCUUUAUCGUUGGAAUAUCUCGAGAUCACUGAACAAGCCAGUUACCACCCCGAUAUGCAGACCGCCACAACGCCGCCAUCGCUUACAGUGCUCAAAAUGCAAUAUUCGUCUUCAAACGUUUUUGAACGCUUGACCGCUCCUGACCUGAAAGUUCUGGACAUCUGGCAGACCCAAUCGCACAGCCGCCCACCUAUUUCCCUCAAUCUGACUAAUUUCCUCGACAGGCAUCCGUGCCUCACAUCACUUCGUUUGCGUGUCCUCGCAACGGCACUGGGCAGUCUCUCUGGUUUGCUGAAACUGACGCCUUUGUUGGACAACCUGGAAGUCGCCCUUCCCCCGAAGCAAGACAUCGAAGCACUCGUAUACGGAAUUGACAACAACCCCCUCGUCCCUUCUUUGAAGCUGUGCACGUUCUACCUUUUUAGCCGCGCGGCAUUUUAUACCGUCGACGCCAUCUCGGCGCCGGCUCUCAAUCUCCUCGGUGCAACUCGAUGCGGACAGACUCGGCCUUUGCACGUUAACCGAUUGGAAAGCCUCAACAUCGACCUCAUACAACACGCAUCCGCAUCUCAUCAAUUAUCCCCGCUGCUGAGGCGGCUCGAGGGAUGGAAUACUUCAAGCACGAGCGUUGAUUUGAAUCGAUUGAAGAUGGACCUGUCGCGUCAAAUACCCGGUCUCCUGACAGGAUCCAGGCUGGAAGCUGCCCCUGAUGAUGAAGAACUGGAAAGGACGUUUGACGCUCUUGGGAAUGUGGAGGUGACAGCGCCGGAUAUACAUGUCUCAUCGAUCCAUUCUACUCUCAAAUAUGUGUCUAUGGCGGAUGAAUUUGCUUAUUCCAAACGCGCGAGUGCUAUUCUGGAGAAAUGGAGACCAUCUCUAGAGGAUAAUAUCUCCGAUCGACGGUGGAUGAUCCAAGCAUCAAGCGCGGUUUACAUCCCCAUAGAUGAUGCACGUCGUUCGUGUGCAGGUUUCCGUGAUGAAAUUAUUUUCUCGUGA